AUGGCUGAAAUCUACGGAAACAAAUACGGUUGCUUAAAUGUUCGUUCAUCAUCCAACUGGAAUGCCAAUCAUUCAGUUGAAUUUGGAACUCUUAACUAUGAAAAAGGAAAUGUAAUUACUGGUAACCUCUCUUCAUCUGCUUGGUGUGCUUUGACCAACGAUGCUCCAAAUCAAUUUGUUACUCUUUCUUCAACUGAACCAGUUGAGUUCAUCGGAGUUUGCACUCAAGGACGUGGUGAUGCUGACCAAUGGGUUACCUCUUACCAAGUGAAAUACACCCUCGAUGGUAGCAACUGGGUAAAUGGACCAUCUUUAAAUGCCAACAACGACCGUCACACCAUUGUCACCAACCGUUUCCAAACCCCAAUUAUCGCUCGUUCCAUUGCUAUCCAUCCACUCACAUACUUUGGUCACAUCUCAAUGAGAUUCGAUGCCAUCUUCAAAACCAUUGUUCGUGCACAAAACGGAUCCGUUAACCACUCCAACAGCAAUCUCUCCUCUGGUAUGGGUCCAAGAGAUGCCGAGUACAAGGUUGUAUUCCCACGUGCUUUCCCAACUGGAGUUACACCAGUAGUUUCUACCUCUGUCCAACAAAUCGAUGCUAACAAUCAGAAGAAUCUCCGUAUUAACAUCCAUGCAAAGGAUAUCACCAACACUGGAUUCACAAUGGUAUUCUCAACAUGGUUUGACACCAUUUUAUAUGAUUGUGUUGGAAGCUAUGUUGCUUUAGUUCCACCAGAAAUUUUCUAA